UCGGAAGUUGUUGUCAAGUAUCAGUAGCUCUCUCUGCCACUAUCAAACACUCACAACUAUGUCGUUACUUUUCUCUUUUUAAAGCCGUGGAUAUUUAAAAACAACUCUGGAGGAAGCCGUCGCCUUGUUGGAACUCUAUCUAGUUGUAAUGAUAAUUUCAUUUUCUUGGGCUAUUUAUUUUAUAUUCGUGUCGAAGCCAUUGUUUGGGAAAAACUAGCUAACGUUAGCAAUGGGUCGAUGACACAGACUGCACUGCACCACAAGAGUUUGACUGAACACCGCCCAGCCUCUAGCUCUGGGAAAGGAGUGACGAGGCCAGAUGGAUUUCUCCAAAUUCCUGGACGAUGAUUUUGAUGUGAAAGACUGGGUAAACGGCGCCUUCAAGGUGGUGCAGAAGGACGCGCCAGGGAAGGCGGAUACACACGCAGCCACGCUGGUCAUGAAGCUGCAGCUGUUCAUCCAGGAAGUCAACAAUGCCAUUGAGGAGAGCAGUAAUCAGGCCCUCCAAAACAUGCCCAGAGUGCUGCGAGAUGUGGAGGCUUUGAAACAGGAGGCUUCUUUUCUAAAGGAGCAAAUGGUUCUGGUCAAAGAGGACAUCAAGAAGUUUGAGCAGGACACUGUGCAGUCUAUGCAGGUCCUGGUGGAGAUAGAUCAAGUGAAGAGCCGCAUGCAGUUGGCAGCUGAAGCUCUACAGGAGGCAGACAAAUGGAGCACACUGAGUGCAGACAUUGAGGAGACCUUUAAAACACAGGACCUUGCAGUAAUUUCCUCCAAGCUGACAAGCAUGCAGAACAGCCUGGCCAUGUUGGUGGACACACCAGACUACUCUGAGAAGUGUGUCCACCUGGAGGCUCUGAAAAACAGACUGGAGGCCCUGGCCAGCCCACAGAUAGUAGCAACCUUUAACUCCAUGUCUAUAGACCAAGCCAAGCUGUUUGUAAAAGUCUUCACAGAGAUAGACAGAAUGCCACAGCUCCUUGCUUAUUAUUACAAGUGUCACAAGGGUCAGCUGGUGAGCAUGUGGCAGGAUCUCUCUCAAAGUGAGCUCAGUCUCAAUCAGCAGCUGUCUGAAUUCUACGACACCUUGCUCUCCUCGUGGCAUUCUCAACUACAGUGGACCAGCCAGGUGUUCAGGAACCCAUAUGAGGUGGUGACAGUGUUGCUGAUCCAAACUCUGGGGGCCAUGGUCCCAUCCAUCCCUGUGUGCUUGAGCUCGGCUGUGGAGCGGGCAGCCCAAGAGCAGCGCCUCGACACACUGCUCGAACUCCAUCACACCACGUCUACCUUCGGACACAGCCUGGAGGCCGCCAUGCUCCCGCACCUGGGUGAGAAUAAUCUGCUGAAGGUGAAUGAGCUGGUGUGCGCGCUGUAUGACCCCUACAAACCUUAUCAACUGCAGUACGGAGAUCUGGAGGAAGCUCACCUGCUUAUCCAGAUCAGUGCUGUACCUUUGGAACACGGGGAAGUAAUUGAUUGUGUGGAAGAGUUGAGCCACUCUGUUGGCAAGUUGUUUGGCCUGGCCAGUGCUGCUGUCGACCGCUGUGUCAAACUAACUGACGGACUGGCCGUGUGUGGUCUUCUCAAAGCCCUCAAAGCUCUCUUCACUAAGUACGUGUCAGACUUCUCCACAACACUGCAGUCAAUCAGGAAGAAGUGUAAACUGGAGGAUACACCAAGUUUGUCUGUUUUUCAGGAGGACUGGACGGCCUUCCAGAACUCUGUCAGGAUUAUUGCCACUUGUGGAGAACUGCUUCGACAAUGUGGAGCCUUUGAGCAACAGCUGUCAAACAAGAUCCUGGGCACAGCAGGUAAAUACUUGUCAGAGUCGUAUAGCCCACGCAGCCUGGCAGGCAUCCAGGAGGCCAGCUCCACAGAGAGGAAGAGCGCCACCAAGAAUCCGUGGCAGGAAUACAACUACCUUCAGAGGGGGAAUAUGGCUGAAUACAACAGCCUGAUGGAAGUACUCUACUCCCUAAAGGAGAAGGGUACAGGUAACUCCAGCCUGUUAGCAGAGUCUAGAGCAGCUCUGACCAGACUCAACCAGCAGGCCAACCAGCUGGCCUUCGACUCCGUCUUCUUGCAAAUCAAACACCAGCUCUGCCUUGUCUCCAAGAUGGAGAGACAAGAGGCGCCCGGUUUUGCAGAGAGCUAUACAGAGGACCUGCCUACUUUCAGUCUGUCACCACAAGAAUACAUUACAAAUAUCGGGCAGUACCUGAUGUCUCUGCCUCUACAUUUGGAGCCGUUUGUGACUCAGGAGGACCCGGCACUUGAGAUGGCCUUACAUGCUGGGAAGCUGCCUUUCCCUCCAGAGCAAGGUGAUGACCUCCCUGAGCUGGACAACACUGCAGACUACUGGCUGGGCUCCAUCGCUCGGGCAACCAUGCAGACCUACUGUGAUGCCAUCCUGCUCGUUCCCCAACUGAGCACCCACUCCACCAAACAGCUAGCCACAGACAUCGACUAUCUGAGCAAUGUCAUGGACGCUCUGGGCCUGCAGCCCUCCCGCACCUUGCAGCACAUCGUCACCCUGCUCAGGGCCAAACCAGAAGACUACAGACAGACCGCCAAACUGCUGCCCCGUCGACUGGCUUCCACCAUCGCUGCUGUCCGCUGCAUUGACUACUAACAACAGACGAGAGGAAGAUGGACUCUGUAGGUAUAGUGGCUCUCAGAGCGGCACUGGGGACUUGUAGGCAUGUUUGAAAAUGAAGAGGAAUGCGAUAUCACUAGUAGAACAGUCUUAUGUCUGGGGCUGUCAGAUUUUAGAAUUAUAGUCCUGUCCAAAUGGUUAUCUCGUCUGUGGGAAUGUUAAGAGAAAUCAGGGUGGUUCCGACUUUUUUUUUUUUUAUAAGGAUUUGUGGGAAUGUUAAGGAGUUUGAAAUCAGGGCGGUUCAGACUUUUUUUUAUACAGAUUAUUAUUGAAGUGUGACUUUGAAUGAUCAGCAGUGAUAAUGCCUUCAAGUCAAGCCAAAAGGGGAAAGUGUCUUGACUCUACAUCUUUAAUUUCUGCAUUUUUUGAAAGUUGCUGAAGCAUCUAAGGAACUAACAAAAUGUACAUCAGGGGAUGUGUGAGAGCAUUUGAAAUCUAUAUAUUGUUAUUUGUCAUACUAAUAUAAUUCAUCUAUGAUAUUAAAUUAUAUUAAGGUCAUAUUUCUGAUAUUGUUUUUUGUUAACUGGGCUUCACAUUCAGCAUUGGACUCAAAACGGGAAAGAGAUCAAUCUGUCUCUUUUUGGUUGUCGAAAGGUUGGACAAGUAAUAUGAAUAGUUUCAAUGUGGACAUUUUCCCAUAUUUUUCCAUGCAGUAUCGUGAAUAUCUGUACAUAAAACAUUGACAUCUACACUAAAAUUGAGCCUAUUGUGUUACUUUUUUAUCAAAUUAUUUUUAUCCUCUAGCUGGAAUAGUGGGUGGUAUGAAUUUGUAAUGUAAACAAUCUAGUUUAAUAAAUGUAUGGCCUUUUCUGCUAAA